UUGAAAAGUUUGCCUUUGAGCUUAAAAUAGCAAGAAAACAAAAGCAGAGUGAAUAAGAAGAAAAAGAAUGGCAGGAAAACCAAUUUCAUCUGCUUCUGAACUUGAAGAAAAUGGAGCCAAUUGCGCAAGUAGCAUCAAUCUUCAUUUACCCAAUUAAAUCAUGCCGUGGCAUCUCUGUUUCCCAAGCACCGCUUACUCCUACUGGAUUCCGAUGGGAUCGUGAGUGGUUAGUGGUCAAUCAAAAGGGAAGGGCUUAUACCCAAAGAGUUGAACCCAAGCUUGCUCUCGUCGAGGUCAACCUCCCACACGAAGCUUUUUUCGACGAUUGGGAACCCACUGACAGUUCAUAUUUGGAAAUUAAGGCUCCUAAAAUGGGUGUGCUUAAGGUACCGCUGGAAGGAGCACAUGAAGUAGCAGAAGAUGUCUCGGUAUGGGAAUGGUCUGGCUCAGCAUUAGAUGAAGGGGCUGAAGCUGCAAAAUGGUUUUCAGAUUUUCUUGGGAAGUCCAGUCGACUAGUGCGCUUUAACGCAGCAUCAGAGUCCAGGGCUGUGGAUCCUGAUUUUGCUCGUGGAUACAACACUAUGUUUUCUGAUGGCUAUCCAUUCAUGCUAAUAUCUCAGGGAUCAUUGGGUGCAUUAAAUAAGCUUCUCGAGGAACCAGUUCCAAUUAACCGUUUUAGACCCAACAUUUUUGUUGAUGGCUGUCAACCAUUUUCCGAGGACUUAUGGAAAGAAAUAAGGAUAAAUAAAUUCACAUUUGAAGGUGUCAAGCUAUGCUCCCGCUGCAAGGUACCUACGAUUAAUCAAGAUACUGGAAUAGCAGGAUCACAACCAACUGAAACUCUAAAGAAAAUUCGGUCAGACAAUAUUUUGCGUCCAAAUAAGAAACAGCAGGGGAAGGUCUACUUCGGACAGAACUUGAUUUGGAAAGACAAACUUAAUGGGAGCAUAGUUCAUGUGGGAGAUCCCGUCUUUGUUUUGAAGCAAGUCUCCACUGCAGCUGAAGCUGCUGCCUGAAUUAUCAGAAUGUUGCUGAAACCAUGUCGAAUAUCCACGGCAAUAAAAUGUGUAUGCUUUUACGAUAUGUAAUAAGGGUCGAUGUUGGCCAAGAAAAUUGCAUAUAAUAAAAUGUGUUCAUAGCAGUUGACAUAAAGAAUUUAAUAGAUGUAUAUAUGCUAUUCAGAUAUGUAAGAUAAAUGUGGUUAUGGAAUGACAUAACUCUGCUUUAAACUUCAAACAGAAACAGGCCAACUAGAGGAGUUGGCAUCCAUGUUGAUUUUAAAAUAAGGUUUUUAAAUUGUUUAAAUUGUCAUAAUUGGACUGCUUUAUUUGAGAUUAACAAAGUAUAUGCAAGUUAAUGUUGCUGCUUCAA